AUGGCGGAAUACGACCUCUCGAAAACGAUCAUACCCUAUCUGGACCGGCAUUUAUCAUUUCCUCUGCUUGCCCACCUAGUUGAAACCGGCGUAUUCCCAGCAGAUGAAGUCCAGGUCGCUCAGUAUGAGCUUGCCAAGGGAACAAAUAUGUUCGACUAUGCUGCUUCGCUAUUUGAGCAGAUCUAUCCCAAUCAGGAGGUCCCAAAAGAAUUCGAACAGAAACGUGUAAAUGCUGUCUCUACUCACGAGAGAUUGCAACAAGAAGCACAGGCAGUCCUCGACGUGAUUGAAAAUCCAGAUGUUGCUCAGGCUCUCAGACAAGAUAAAAACCAAAAUCUGCAGUAUUUGAAGGAUAAUUACAAACUCACCCUAGACCAAAUAACCGCUUUAUAUAACUUUGGUAAAUUCCAAUACUCCUACGGAAACUACAGCGGUGCCGCCGAUUACUUGUACCACUUUCGUGUCCUUUCUACCGAUCCCGACCUCACCAUCUCUGCACACUGGGGUAAACUUGCCUCAGAUAUACUUACCGGAAAAUGGGAUAUCGCGCUAGAAGAACUGAACUCGCUUCGUGAAGCCAUAGAUUCGCGCUCACCAGCACCGUUCGCGUCUGUCAGCUCAAACACGAAUAACACCCCAGCCGUCGACCCGGCAUUAAGUCAGCUUCAUUCCCGAACAUGGCUAGUUCACUGGUCCCUUUUUGUCUAUUUCAACCACCCGCAGGGUCGAGCAUUACUGCUCGAGACGUUUUUAUCACCCACCUAUCUGAAUACGAUCCAAACGUCCUGCCCAUGGAUCCUCCGCUACGUCGCAGCAGCGGCAAUUAUUUCUAGCCCCACCCCGACUUCUAAAUCAACAUCAGCACCUCAGUCCUCGAGGGUAAAGAAUGCUGUCCGAGAAGUCGUAAAAGUGAUUCAAAUGGAGAAUUACCAGUACACGGACCCUGUCACGUCAUUUCUUAUGCAGCUUCACGUCGAAUUUGACUUUGAGGCGGCCCAGAAGGAGCUCCAACAAGCAGAGAAGGUUGUUUCGGAUGACUUUUUCUUGGGUGAUUUCCAUGAUGAAUUCUUGGAGAGCGCGAGGUGUUUAGUGAGUGAGGCCUAUUGUAGGAUCCACCAGCGGAUAGAUAUUGGUGACCUAUCUAACCGUCUCAACCUUCCUCGCGACGAGGGUGAAAAGUGGAUUGUAAAUCUCAUACGCGAGACUCGUAUGGGCCAGGAUGCUAAAAUUGAUCUGGAAAAGAACCUUAUUCAAAUCUUACGACCCCCUCAACCAGUGUAUCAGUCCGUCAUCGAGAAAACUCGGGGACUUGCUAUCAGAACGCAAACAUUGGGAGCCGCGAUCGCCAGAACUGGUGUUGCUCAGGCUGCAUCUACUGCUUCAGCUCCUCAGUCCAUUACUCAGCCUGUUGCUGUUAAUUGA